UCCGCGCAGGGCAGAGCAUCUGGCCGCGGGCGGCCGGCGCCCUGCGGGCAGCUGGAGCGGAGUCCGGCACCGCUAGACCUGCGGCGGGGGUGGGGGGUUCUGGUCUUCAGAAUUACAGGAAAAAGCGUAACUUGUGCUCAGCCGUGCAACUUCCUUUUUUUGUCCUUCCCUUCGCGGUCGCGGGGAGGCAGAGGCUCCUGUUGAAACAAGCGCCCGUUCUGCGGCUGAGCAUUUUCUGGCCAUACUUAUUGAGAAGGAAAUGUUCAGAAAUUUGAUUUGGAUGUUUGUCCUGUCCUGCAGCUCUGUGGCAGAUGAAAACUCUAUCAGAGGUGCUGACAUUUUCCCUUCAUCUCCUGAAAUUGAAAGAGGAUCCUCCCUGGAACUAUCCUGUGUUCUUAGAAAGAGCUACAUGCCACAGAGAAAUGCAAGCCACAUCAUCUGGAAAUUGAAUGAUGAAUUGAUUGCUCCAGAAAACUAUAACAUUGUGAAUGAGACUGUAUGUAAUAUAACCAUCCAUAAUUUCACUUACAGCACAGCUUAUGUGAAAUGUUUCAUGAAGUACUUGGACAAGGAACUACCUUUAGUUCACACAGAAGUUAAAUCUGGCUUUCGUCCAGACAUGCCAGAAAAUAUUUCCUGCAUUUAUUUCUAUGAUGUUAACCUUACUUGUACCUGGAAUGCAGGAAGAGAAACAAGUUUUACAACAAACUAUACUCUUUACCGAAAACUCAUGACUUCUCCAGAUGCAGUCAGAUCUUGCUGGAAUACAACAGAGUCGUGUUCAUUUCUUUAUCCUUACAAUGAUUAUAGUAAUGAUUUUUGUUUUCAAGUGGAAGCUAAAAAUGUUUUGGGUGCAUCCUCAACAGAGUGUGUCCCUAUAUCUUUGCAAAAAAUAGAGAAAUUUGCCCCUCCUGAAAUACUUUCAGUUAAAAGAAUCCCUGGUAUAAAGCAGUUACUUACGGUAACCUGGAAAAUGCCUGAGAAGAUUAUCCCUUUAAAACAUAUAAUUUGCCAGGUUCAAUACAGAAACUUGUAUUCAAACUUUACUGAAUUUGUCAAUGUCUCACUGAAUUCUAAGAAGAAUAUAGGAUCAUAUAAUCUCACAGGUCUGUGGGACUCCACAGACUAUUCUGUUGCCAUUCGGUGUGUCAAUAAUGAGUCAACAUUUUGGAGUGGAUGGAGUGGAGAAAAAAAUGAAAGCACAGAAGAAAAAGCUUCUGGAAAAGUGGAUUUGUGGAGAGUAAUUGAGUCUUCACGCUCAUCUAGAAAUAGAUCUGUACAUCUUAUGUGGAAGACAUUAAAAAGCUUUCCGCCUUCUGGGAGAAUUCUAGGGUACAAAAUACGGUAUUUUCCAGAAAAAAAGGCUGCACAUAAAAGGACACACAACUCUAGUGAACAGAAAAUGACUUUAUUUUUAAAUGAAGAGGCACAUAUAAUAUCUGUCACUGCCUAUAACUCUGCUGGAGAGUCUCCUGAAGCUAUUUUGAGGAUUCCAUCCACUGAUGAAAAAUCCUCUCAGAUGAUUGAAAAAGUGGUGACCUCUACAACAAAUGAAGAAGUGGUGGUGCAAUGGAUAACCUCUGAACCAGAAACAACCAAAUAUGUGGUUGAGUGGUAUGAGGAACUGGACAUGGACCCUUUUGGUAGAUCAUGGCAACAUGUAUCAAAUUCUACAAAGUGGAAAAAUAACAAAAAAAAUUUUAAACCAUUUGUAUGCUAUAACAUCUUGGUGUAUCCUCUUUAUGGAAGUAAUGUAGGAGCUCCAUCUUACACACAAAUCUAUGCUCAAGAAAAAAAGCCGUCAGAAGGACCUGUGGCUGAUACAGGCAUUCUGGGGAAAAAUGAAGUUACAAUUAAGUGGAAUGAGAUUUCAAAGACUAAAAGAAAUGGGUUUAUCACUAACUAUACAAUAUUUUAUAAAUCUGAAGAUGGAAAAGAAUUGCAUGAAACAGUAAACUCUGAUGUUCUACAAUACAGACUGAAGUCCUUACAGGCUAAUACACAAUAUACUGUUCAGAUCAUGGCAAGCAACAAAGCUGGUGGAACCAUUGGAGAGCCAAAAACCUUCAAGACUUUAAAAUUGGAUAAAGAAGAUAUCUUUUUUAUUGCUAUACCUGUUGAGAUAAGCAUUUUGUGUCUGAUAGGCCUUUGGAUAACGUGUGUUUUGAAAAAACACGUGUUUAAAAAGGUUUGCUGGCCUGAUAUACCAAAUCCUGAAGAAAGCCUUGCAGUGGAAUGGCCACUUGCUUCAUCUGUGAAUAAUUCAUUUUUGAAGAGAAUGUCAUCUCAGAUGAAAACUGUAGACUUUGAAGACAUAAAUGUUUUGGAAUAUUGUUUUCCUGAAGAAAGUCAGGAAGGAUCACUACUAAUAAAUUAUGAAAACUGUGUUUCUGAAUGUACUAUUAUUAAUACAAAAGGCACAACUAACAGAGAUGAAACGAUACUGCAUAACAAAGAGAACAAAACUGCUAAAAGUUUCCCACCAUCUAUGCCUUAUAUAAUUACUGAUCAAUUUACCAGAAAUCAAAUGCAUUUAGCUUUGACACCACUGAAAGAAGUUCAGCCCAUAGAAGUGGUGGCAAAUGAUAUAUGUGGAUCUCAGCAGAAUCCAGUUAAAAAUGAAGAAAACGAUGAUGAGGAAGUUUUAAAGCUGGAAGAUUUCAGUGAAAAAACACUGUUCAAUCCAUAUCUUAAAAAUUCAGUUAAAACAAGGGAAUUUCUUGUUUCUGAGAGCUCGCCAGAACACAGUAUGGAUGAAUGCAAAAGCCAGUCAAGCGUCUUAUCUCCUAUUAAACCAAAUGCUCCAGAACAAUCCUACAUAACAGUGGACAUGUUCAGGCUGGCCAAAGGUCAGUAGCAUGAGAGAGUUCCAUCAUAAAAUCCCUCUGAGAUAUCCCUUGGCACUGCUGCUCACAGGCAUUCACAUGUUCUAAGGUGGCUGAUCUCAGUUAAUUCAGAUGGGAACAUCCUCUUCCUUCAAAUAGUUGUGAAGUAAUUUUUUACACUCUGUGUGUACACAUCAGAGUUCACUUUCAGUGUGGAUGUUUUAGGUUUUUGUUGUUUUGUUGGGGUUUGUUUUGUUUUGUUUGGUUUGGUUUGGUUUUUUUAACCAAACAUGCCAGUAAUGAGACAAAAAGAAAUAGCUUUUGUUAUUUCUUCUUAGCUCUCCUAUCUCAACCUGCUAGAACAAACUGAUAUUUGCUGCAGGAGCAUCCAGCGGUGCAAGCAGCUCAUCUCUCUCCCAACACAACCAAUUCCCAAGGCUCACCUCUGAUGGGGAAACAUGGGCAGACUUGAACAGAGUCAGAAUCUGCCGAAUCCUUCCCUCAGUUACAUGGAGCAGAACUACUGUCCUGUUCUUAUUUCCCUUAAUUGUUUAUCAUCUAGUUUUAUAUAUCAUGUUCCUCUUGUUUUACUACUUUCUAGAUUUCAGGAGUUGUCUCUUUGUAUCCUGACUCUUGAAAAAAUAGUUUGGCAUACAGUUUCUUGUCUUUAAUGAGAGUAUAUUUGCUAUGUUAUCUGCAUUUUGGAAAAUGUGUUAUGCUUGCUAUGUUGUUUCCUUUCCUUUCUCAUGGUUUUAAUAGUCCUCAGCAUUUUGUGCUGUUUGUUUUUGUUUCUUUUCUUUUUUCCUAAAAACAAAUAGGAGAAACAAAGACUUAAAACUGCUUAUUGAGGAAUAACUUCUUACCUUCUUGUUCUGUGCUUCUAAUUUGUUUCAGUUUAAAACUGUGUUUCUCAGUUGAGAUUUUGAUAUUUUGAGCUGAAAAAAAAAUCUACUAAAUAUGUCAUAUUGUGUUAGAAUAAACACUGUGUUAAGAAGUAA